AUGUUUUCUGCUACUGAAACUGCUGGAUUGGAAGAGAUGGACGGGAAAAGUGAUGAGAGGCCCAUCCGUCUCGAUGGUACAACACGGGAGAUGUUUGAAUUGUUCCUUGAACAUACCUUUGGCAGAGCACGCACCGGCCAAUACACCAUUGAAGAACUGUCAAAUUUUCUGCAUUUCUGCGACAUGUAUCAAUGUUCUCAUACUCGAAAAUUCGUUGUUUCUCGCAUUCAGUCUACCCGCUAUCAUUUCCACCCCGCUCAGCUCAUUAACCUUGCCAUACAGUAUAACACGAGCGCAAUCUUCCCAUUCGCCUUCAAGCGACUUGUCGACACUCCCAUUACCCAAUUGACUGCACAACACCAGGAACUAUUAGGCAAUGAUGUGUUUACGACCUUGGUCUAUGUGCAAGCGGCUCUCGAAGAACAUCGUCGUAUUGUGGCUGCAGAAGAGCCCAAAAUUUUGAUGCACACCAGCAACUGCCAAGAUCCAGUAGGCUGUAAUGAGGACUGGCACACUAUCUGGUGGAAUGGCAUGGCUCGUUUCCUUCUCGAUGGACGAAACCCACAACCAUAUCGUGAAGCUGUCAAACACUUUAAAGAUUUGCAGUUCGGGCGUGUUAGUGGAGGGUGCAAGGAACUUAUGUUCAAGAUUAUUGGGGAGGGAGCAGCAUUCAAUCACGCUGAUCAAUUCGUCGAUGAAGCUUGUAACCGCCUUGCAGAUAAAUUGAUUUUCGAACCUUCACUAGAAGCAUAG